GCCAACAAAAAGAAAAAUCAAGAAACUUUCCCUGAAAAUUUUCAUUUCCCGGGAAAUUUCUCCUCUUCCGCCCAAACAGAACAGAAAAUCAUCUUCUAAACCACUUCCUAUCCUCUCUCUCCUCCACCAUUCCGCACAACCUCUGCUAAAUUCUCAUGCGUAUAUAUAUACACACAUAUAUAUAUUUAUAGAAAUCCAAACCCUAGCUCUGAAUCUCCGGCCAUGGCCGGAGAAUCCACCCAUCCCGAUUCCAAAGCCUCGUCCCACAAGCCAUCCUCAUCUUCCGCCGUCUCUCACCGCAAAUCCCGCUGGCAACAACCUACCAGCGCCGCCGCCGCCGCUUCUUCAAACCCACCCGUCUCCGCCGAUCCCAAGGUCUCCAAACCCAAAGCGACCUCCUCCCCAAAGCCCGGCCCAACCACUCGCAGCCCGGCCCAGCUCCCGAAGCCCGGCCCAACCCCCGCCGCCGGCCCAAUCCCCGCUCUGGGCCUGCCACCACCGCCGUCGCCGUCCUACGGCUUCCACAUGCUCGAGCGCCGCACAAUUGUCCUCGCCGACGGCAGUGUCCGCUCCUACUUCGCCCUCCCUCCGGAUUACCAAGAUUUUCCUCCUCCCGCCGCGAGGUUUUUUCCCGGUGGACCAGUGAGCCCCGUGGGGCCGAACCGGCACCAGGAUUACUGGAAUUCCCUAGGUCUCGACGGGCCCGCGAAGCGGAAAUUCCCCGACGAGGAAGAUACGGAUCAAAGGCGUUACGGCGAAGAUUCGAGAGCUUCCAAGUAUACGAGGACCGUUGGGGGCUUUGAUAAUGGCAAUAACAAUAAUAAUAAUAAUGUAGGGCUUAGGCAAGGCUCUGGUAGUGGCGGUGGUGAUUAUAAUCCGGGGCAUAAGCAUCUGGACGUUGACCAGAUUGAGCUGAAGAAAGCGUUUCUUCGAUUCGUGAAGAUCCUCAACGAGAACGCGAAAGAGAGGAAGAUCUACUUCGAGAACGGAAAGCGUCUUCAGUGUGUUGCUUGUGGCAGGUCUUCUAAAGAUUUUCCAGAUACGCCUAGUCUGAUCACGCACAGUUACAACUACGAUAAUGAUGACUUGCGUGUGGAUCACUUGGGCUUGCACAAAGCUCUUUGUGUUUUAAUGGGGUGGAACUACUCAAGACCUCCUGAUAACUCAAGGGCAUAUCAAUUUCUUUCUGCUGAUGAAGCAGCAGCAAACCAAGAUGAUCUAAUUCUUUGGCCGCCAAUGGUGAUAAUACAUAAUACACUUACAGGGAAGAACAAAGAGGGACGCAUGGAAGGUUUGGGAAACAAACUUAUGGAUGCCAGAAUUAGAGAUCUUGGAUUCCAUGGAGGGAAGUCAAAGUCCUUGUAUGGCAGAGAUGGCCAUUUGGGUAUUACACUCAUAAAGUUCUCUUCUGACCAAGCAGGCCUCAAGGAGGCCAUAUGCUUGGCGGAACAUUUCGAUCAGGACAACCGUGGACGCAGGGCGUGGGCCCGUCUACAGCCUUUGACAAUUGGCACCAAGGAUGAUGAGAACAAUCCACACCUCAUGCAAUUCGACGAGAGGACGCGGGAGAAAAAGCGGAUUUUUUAUGGCUAUCUUGGAACUGCUACUGAUCUGGAUAAAGUUGACUUUGAGACAAAGAAGAAGGUUGUGAUCGAAAGCUGGAGGGAGUACAUGGCAUCCAAAUAGACUUUGAUCUGGGCUUCACAAGGAUGUUAUGUCACGUGUCAAGGAGCAAAGCCAAUGGGCUCAACUGGGCCCGGCAACUUUACCCACUCCUAUUUUUUUGUGUGUGGGCCCAGCUGAAACAGUGUCUGAAGGAGGGAGUUCCAAAAACACCAUCAAGAAAAAUAUGAAGUGACGGCUGUGACGCAGAUUCCUUAGGGUACCAGAAGACAGCCCGAAAGGGUCUAAAAGACUCAACACCUUACAACAUUGAAGAAUAGUGUGUGAAAAAGAUGUCCUGUUAGUGAGAUGUCACAUUAAAAUUACAUCAUAUGAGUACAAAAUUAUUUUAAAAAAGUUAAAAAGUAUAACUGAUAAAAUUCAA